UUUCUGUCCUGUCUUUUCUGUCGUCAGGUUGAUUCAGUUGGACAUUUGACACAAAAUCCAUCAAGUGACAGUUAACUCGAUCCACCAUGUACUCCUCCCCCAUCGAUCCGAUCGAGGAUCCUCCCAUCGGUCGCGACGAGAAGUAUGAAUAUACGGAUACAGCUCCCGAAUUUGAGGACCCCUUCGGCAACGAGGAGUUUGCAGAGGUGAAAUACCGCACGAUGGCAUGGUGGCAAUGCGGAAUGAUCAUGAUCGCCGAAACGAUUUCGCUAGGGAUCCUGUCCCUCCCGUCGGCUGUGGCGGCCCUUGGAAUGGCACCCGCUGUCGUCCUCAUCGUGGGCCUUGGCAUCCUGGCGACCUAUACAGGCUAUGUCAUCGGGCAGUUCAAGCUGCGGUAUCCACACGUGCAUAGCAUGGCGGAUGCCGGGGAGGUCAUGAUGGGGGCUUUCGGUCGCGAGUUGCUGGGAACGGCCCAGGUGGUCUUUCUGGUGUUUAUCAUGGGGAGUCAUAUCCUGACCUUUAUGGUUAUGAUGAAUACUGUGACGGAACACGGGACUUGUUCGAUCGUGUUUGGGGUUGUGGGGCUGGUGCUGUCGUUUGUGCUGACGCUACCACGGACGCUGAAGAAGGUGUCGUGGAUGUCAAUUUCCUCAUUCAUUAGCAUCGUGGCAGCCGUCUUGAUCACCAUGAUCGCAAUCGCCAUUCAAAAACCAGGGAACGGGCAGGUGGACACGACCGUGGAUACCAGCCUGUACAAGGGGUUUCUAGCGGUGACCAACAUCGUCUUUGCCUACGCCGGACAUGUCGCCUUCUUCGGCUUCAUCUCCGAAAUGAAAACCCCCACAGACUACCCCAAGACCCUGUACCUACUACAGUUCACCGACACAAGCAUGUACGUAGUCGCAGCGGUAGUCAUAUACUACUACGGCGGGCGAGACGUCAAGUCGCCAGCCCUGGGAUCUACCAGUCCAUUGGUCUCGAAGAUCGCGUACGGGAUCGCCAUCCCCACCAUCAUUAUCGCUGGCGUGAUUAACGGCCACGUAGCGUGCAAGUACAUAUACGUGCGAAUCUUCCGAGGCACCGACCACAUGCACAAGCGCAAUUGGCGAUCGAUCGGGUCGUGGGUGUUGAUAGGGCUGGUCUUGUGGACGAUUGCCUGGAUUAUCGCCGAAGCUAUUCCGGUGUUCAACAAUCUUUUGAGUUUGAUUACGGCGCUGUUUGCCAGCUGGUUUACCUACGGAAUGAGCGGGAUAUUCUGGCUUUUCAUGAACUGGGGCCGGUACUUUGCGUCACCUCGCAAGAUCACGCUGACCGUACUCAAUUUGAUUAUUGUCGGUAUCGGUGGCUGUCUGUGCGGACUAGGCCUCUACGUCUCCGGCAAGGCGAUCCACGACAAUCCCAGCAGCGCCAGCUUCACGUGCGCCAACGUUGCUUAAUAAUUUGGUGGUCUUCUGUAUGAUGGGUUUGGAUGAGGUUGAUUGGGUAUAUAUUGCCAUACUGUUGUACAUACAUCCGACAAAUGGUCUUGAAUUGGGUAUAUUGAUAGGGUCGCAAUGCAAC